AUGAUGCGCAAACAAUCAAAGAAGUGUCUGAUUAUCAUUGCUGUCUUUGCGGUCAUUUGCGCUCUUUUGACGGCCGGUUUUCUAUGGAUACUCCUCAACUUCGAGGGCAUCGUGGAUAAGAAGCUGGCGGAGAGUAUAGCGAUCAAACCGGGAUCUGCUGUCUACUCGAACUGGGUCAGCCCCGACACGCCAGUCUUGUUUUCAAUCUAUCUCUUCAACAUCACCAACAGAAAGGAAAUACUGGCCGGACAGAAACCACGUGUACAGGAGAUUGGACCUUAUGUCUACAGGGAGAAACGCGAAAAGACGAACAUCAGCUUCGCAGACGACUAUUCUAACGUAACUUUCAAUCUGCGAAUAACCUACUUCCUGGACCGUAACCUUUCUGUGGGCGAUCCGGACAAGGACAGAUUCGUUGGCCUCAGUGUACCAUUUGUUGUGAGUUAA